AUAGUGAGCGGCGCCGGCUCCUCCUUUAAGGGUGGCGGCCAUUUUGGCCGGGUGGCAGUCGGAGCACGUUGUCUCCGUGUCCACCUGUGAGCCACGGGGCCUUGAGGCUUCUUCAUUCGUAGCCCCCUUCUUGUUCUUCCCAUCUCAGACGGGAGGGUUUCUUUCUUUCUUCCCGCCUCUUAACUUUCCUGAACCAUCAUUUUGGAAUCCUUAGUUUGUGUAUGUGCAUAAUCUGUAAAUCCUUACUAUGGCUGAUAAACUAACAAGAAUUGCUAUUGUGAAUCACGAUAAAUGUAAGCCAAAGAAAUGCCGCCAGGAAUGCAAGAAGAGUUGCCCUGUGGUUCGAAUGGGAAAAUUGUGCAUAGAAGUAACAUCACAGUGCAAAAUAGCAUGGAUUUCCGAAACAUUAUGUAUUGGUUGCGGUAUUUGUAUUAAGAAAUGUCCUUUUGGAGCCUUGUCAAUUGUUAACUUGCCUAGCAACCUGGAGAAAGAAACAACUCACAGAUAUUGUGCCAAUGCCUUCAAACUUCACAGGUUGCCUAUUCCUCGUCCAGGAGAAGUGCUGGGUUUGGUUGGAACAAAUGGUAUUGGAAAGUCAACUGCCUUGAAAAUCUUAGCAGGAAAGCAGAAACCAAACCUUGGGAAAUACGAUGACCCACCUGACUGGCAAGAAAUCCUGACUUAUUUUCGAGGGUCUGAGUUGCAGAACUACUUCACAAAAAUUCUGGAAGAUGAUCUCAAGGCCAUCAUUAAACCCCAGUAUGUGGACCAGAUUCCAAAAGCUGCCAAAGGAACAGUGGGCUCAAUAUUGGACAGGAAGGAUGAAACUGGCACACAGACUAUUGUAUGUCAACAGCUUGAUUUAUCUCAUCUGAGAGAACGAAAUGUUGAAGAUCUAUCAGGAGGAGAACUUCAGAGAUUUGCUUGUGCUGUUGUUUGCAUUCAGAAAGCUGAUAUUUUCAUGUUUGAUGAGCCCUCCAGCUACUUGGAUGUUAAGCAGCGUCUGAAGGCUGCUGUUACUAUUCGAUCUCUAAUAAAUCCAGACAGAUAUAUUAUUGUUGUAGAGCACGACCUGAGUGUCUUAGAUUAUCUCUCUGAUUUUAUCUGCUGCUUGUAUGGUGUGCCAAGUGCUUAUGGUGUCGUCACAAUGCCUUUUAGUGUAAGAGAAGGCAUAAAUAUUUUCUUAGAUGGUUAUGUCCCAACAGAAAACUUAAGGUUCCGAGAUGCAUCUCUAGUUUUUAAAGUGGCAGAGACAGCUAAUGAAGAGGAAGUUAAAAAGAUGUGUAUGUAUAAAUAUCCUGGAAUGAAAAAAAAGAUGGGAGAGUUUGAGCUGUCUAUUGUAGCUGGAGAAUUCACUGAUUCUGAGAUAAUGGUGAUGUUGGGAGAAAAUGGAACUGGCAAAACAACAUUCAUUCGGAUGCUUGCAGGGAGACUUACUCCAGAUGAUAAAAGUGAAGUACCUGUUUUAAAUGUUAGCUAUAAGCCACAGAAGAUCAGUCCAAAAUCUACUGGAAGUGUACGUCAGCUACUUCAUGAGAAGAUCAGAGAUGCUUAUACGCAUCCACAGUUUGUGACUGAUGUAAUGAAGCCUUUGCAGAUUGAAAAUAUCAUUGAUCAAGAGGUGCAAACUUUAUCUGGUGGUGAGUUGCAGCGAGUUGCUCUUGCUCUCUGUCUUGGAAAGCCUGCUGAUGUCUAUCUGAUUGAUGAACCUUCUGCAUAUCUGGACUCAGAGCAACGUCUGAUGGCUGCUAGAGUUAUCAAACGUUUCAUUCUUCAUGCUAAAAAAACUGCUUUUGUGGUAGAGCAUGACUUUAUAAUGGCUACCUACCUAGCAGAUCGUGUCAUUGUCUUUGAUGGAAUACCAUCCAAGUGCACAGUGGCAAACAGUCCUCAAACUCUUCUGGCUGGCAUGAAUAAGUUUUUGUCUCAACUGGAAAUUACUUUCAGAAGAGAUCCCAACAAUUACAGACCAAGAAUAAACAAAGUCAAUUCAAUUAAGGAUGUGGAACAGAAGAAAAGUGGAAAUUACUUUUUCUUGGAUGAUUAAAUGAAAAAUAAUUCAUUGAUUUAGAACAGUGAAAACUUUUGUUACAUAAAAUGCAAUCAGGUUUUAAAAUAUAAUGCUCAUUCCAUUAGUUAAAAAGAGUAAAAAUGAUACUCUUUAUGUAACAUUUACUGCCAAAAAGCAGUGUUGGAGUACCAAUUUUGUGCCUGGUAAGGCCAUCUUCUGGAUGUAAUAUUUCAAAGCAAAGACAGCUAAUAUCAUAGAAAGAGACUGUGGGUUUUUUCACUGUGGAUUUUGGUUCAGAUAUAACUUAUUAACACACCAAAUGCUGGCAUGUUUCCAAUUUUAAGUUUUUUAGCUGUUUUCUGUACAAGAUGGUUUACAAAAAAGGUCAACAUACAAAUUACUAUUAUAAAAGUUUGACUCUCUGUAAAUGAGAGGUUCAUAAAUAAAUACCCAUUUAAAUCUACAGCAGCUGUUUUUAAUGUUAAUGAAUCAAUUAUGGUUCAAAUAAUGUACAUAAAGCCUUGUUCUAAGGAGCAAGAUUACUGGUGAGUUCUUACUCAAUUUCUGCUACCCAAUUGCUUGUAGUGGACUACUGGGGUGGGGGAAAACUUUGAAAUACAUUCUAAACAAUGUAUCUAAUAGAAUUUCAUUAGACAUUCAUUUCACAUUAUUUAGGGAUCAUCACAGGUGUGGCUUCUGCUAAUGAUGAUUUGCCUGCUCCCAUAUUUUGGAACCUAGUUCAUUUGAUUCAUAAUCAAACUGAAAUUUCAAUGCUUGUAAUGGCUUGGAAAGUUUUUUAGAAACACAUGAUUGCAAGGCCUAGUGAUUAAAAAUACACAUUUGAAUUAAUAGCUUACACUAGAGUAUUUUAUAAAUCCUCUAAUCUGUACCUUCACUAGAUUAUGGUUUGGGCUGGAUAUUCUUAUAAAAUCCUAAAAGCUUUACUGAAAAAACAGAAUUGUAUACAGGUAGUUCCUUAACAACCACUCUUUCAGCAACCAUUCAAACUUAUGACAGACUUAUGAGUGGUACUUAUGACCAAUCUUGUAUUUGCAGCCGUCGCAAUGUCCCCAGUCAUGUGAUCAUGAUUCAGGCGCUUGGCGACUGGCUCACGAUUACGUGGCAGCAUCCCUCAUUCAUGAUUGCCAUUUGCAACCUUCACUGCCAGCUUCUGACAAGCAAAGUCACUUGGGAAGCUGGCAGGAGUUCACAAAUGGUGACCAUGUGAUGUUGCACUUAACAACUUCACAGGAUUCACUUAAUUGUGAGCUGACCGGAGUUGCUUAAGAUGGGCAUCCAUAUAAAACUUUUUAAUUAAUUAAUUAAUUACAUACAUACAAACACUUGCUUAGUUUAGAAAUGUCCUUUUUACCUGCAUGGGAUUUGAUCUUUCAUAAUGUAUCUGCUAGGCCUGCAGUUCCAAACCAUGGACUGCAGGAUAACACAGCAAUACUCAACAUCUGCUGGACACCACACAAAGUACCCGUCUAGGGGCACCAUGGAAAAGGACUAAGGCAUUAAGGGCACCAUGAACUGAUAAGUAGUUUGAGAAUCUCUUAUGCUAAACAAUUGACUGGCUUUUCUUUCCCAGCUUCAACUAAUAAAUUCUAAUAGUCCUAAUACUGCUGUUUUGGAGGCCCAGCUUCUUUCAAUUGAGAAACUUUUCAACUUGCCAUCAGCCAGUAAUAGGAGCAGCAGUUAGAUGAUUUACUUGCAGGUACCAUUUUUUUCUUGGAGAGGAAAAGUUUCACAUUGGAGAAGUUUCCAUGAGAUCAUGAUUGGCUGCACAAAGAAGCCUUUGUAAAUAAAGCUAUACAAAGCUCCUUUUCUACAAUUCAGUUGCAAAGAAUAAUCUAUAUAACCAUUUCAUUUUGGCCAUUUCAAUUUGUUUUGUGAAAAUCAAGACUUGUCUGCAUCAGGCCCAAAUUAACCCCAGAUCACACUGUUGAGUUCUUUCUUUUGCCAAAAUUAAUAUAGUGAGCCUUUACAAGGCAAAAACAUGUAUUUCUAGCCAUAUGAAAAAUUGGAUGCUUCCCCCCCCCAAGCUGAAAAGGGUCACUUGUCCCUUUUAAAGGCAGCAAAUAUCUGAGAACCGACACAUACUAAGAGGUUUUAGUUUAGUCUUACUACCCUUCUGUUGAUGCUGAUUAUAAACGAAUUAUCCCAAACAUUUAUACAUGUUUUGAAGUGGCCAGAUAUUCAAGUUAUUUUUAGUCUAGUUCUUCCAUUUCAAAUGAAGCUGCACAUGUCUGUAUAGUUAGGACCAACACUGCAUAACACAUUAUUUCCUGAAAGCUUCAAGUUUAUUCAGUGAUCAUCCAAGGGAAAGUUUAGCCUUGUCUCUUUUGAAUUGCACCCUUUCAUCUGUAUAUUUUAUCUUUAUCUGCUGUAAAAAUGAGCCUAUAAUAUACUUUUUCUGUCAGAAUACAAGUUGACAGGAUCAAUGGUGAUAUUAAAUUUUGAUAAUUAGUAAUAGCAAUAUCCCUUUUUUAUAGUUGCCACACCACUGGCUUCCUCAGAUAAGCUGUAUAUUUGGGGAAAGUACUGUGAUCAAAGUAAAGCAAGGGCAUCAUCUUGAGAAAUUCAAGAAAGUAGAUAAACUAUACUAGCAUAAAGACAACUGUGAUGAUACCUAGGCUUCACAUUCUAUCUGCAAUCCUAUGAAUACACAUGGACUCAUCCAAAAAGACUGGGAACUGCCUAAGCCAUCUUAUUUGCACUGGGAAAUGGACCAAUUACUUAGAAUAUGUGGGACUUUCUGCCCAAGAUGGGUACCAGGGAAAAAUUGUUAAAUAUUAUUUAUGGAACAAAGGACAGAGCUAAAUUAGUUGAACUUUCAGUGCUCAACUUACUUCAGCUGGUGACAAACAACAUCUUAGUAUUCAUUGCUUUUUGUUUUACAAGUGGUAAAUAGUGUUUUUGUUUUUAACAAAAAGGUGCUUAAGAUUUCUUUAUGUUUCAGGAACCAGUGAUUUGAGCUGCAAGUUAACUUUCAGUUCGUUUCAGUCCAAAACUUAAGUCACUUCUGGUUAUUUACAGUACACAUAGAAGCAGAUGCAUAAACCAGUCAUAUCAGUUCAAAUCUGUAUCAGAAAGGGCAAACAUUUAAUUAUACAACAUGCAUGUGUAUAUGAAGGGAAUUUAUCAAGUAUCACUCAAUGCACCUGAUCAAAAAAAGUUAUGAUAAAAAGUAACCAUCACCUUUUACACACACACACACACACACAGACAACUACACAAAUAAGUUUUACAGAACGGAAAAAAUGGGAGUGCACGUUUGCAACACUUUGCAAUACCAGAAGAAAGCACAUAGAUUGACAGUGUGAAGUUAGAAAUCUCAUUCUACGAUAACCAAAUUUUGUUUUUAAAAAAAUUAGCACUUUUUAUAAAACAAUGCAAACAUAUUCAACAACAAAAG